CGGCGCUCGUCGGCUGUGCGUCGUAAGAAAAAGGGCGUAACGAUGACCGUUCCCAGCAACGUCCUCCUCCAGAGCUUCCGCUCCGUGCUGGACUCGCCGGGCAUGAGCGUCUCGCACGCGCGCAGGGGCCGCUCCAUCGCGACGGGCUUCGCGCACCCCGCAGACUCCGCCUUCGUCGCCUCCGCCGCGGUCGAGCCCCAGUCCGCGCUCGUCCGCUCCGCCAAGGACGUCUUCGCCGGCACGUGCGGCGGCAUCACCGUCACCCUCGUCGGCCACCCGUUCGACACCGUCAAGGUGCUCCUGCAGACGCAGUCGGCGACGAACCCGGCGUACAAAGGCCCGCUGGACGCGGCGUCGAAAGUGGUAAAGUCCGAGGGUUUCAAGGGCCUGUACAAGGGCGUCACGUCGCCGCUCGCGGGGCAGAUGUUCUUCCGCGCCACCCUGUUCUUUGGGUACGCGCGGGCGAAGGAGAUCGUCGGCGUCUCCCCGGACGAUCCGAUGUCCUACGCGAAGGCGGGUCUGCUCGCGUGGAUGGCUGGUUCGUUUUUCGAGUCCCCCAUCGACCUGUUCAAGUCUCAGUGGCAGACGCAGAUCGUCCAGGCGAAGCAGAACCCGAACUACGUCCCGCCGUACAAGACCGUCGGCGAGUGCGUCAGGGCAUCGAUCAAGCACAACGGGAUUCGGGGGCCCUACCAGGCGUUCGGCGCGACGCUGAUCCGCAACCUCCCCGCGGGUGCCAUCUACUUCGGCGUGUUCGAGAACACCAAGAACUACUUCGCGGCGAAGCACGAGGACGGCAAGCCGCGGGACUGGGAGAUCAUGUUCGCGGGCGGCCUCGGCGGGUUCUUCUACUGGUCCCUGUUCUACCCCGUCGACGUCAUCAAGAGCGCGAUGAUGACGGAUUCCAUCAACAAGGCUGAGCGAAAGUACAGCGGCUUCCUCGACGCCGGGUCCCAGCUGUACAAACAGGGCGGCGUGAGGAGGCUCUACGCGGGUUUGGUGCCGUGCCUGCUGCGCGCGUCGCCGGCGAACGCGGGAAUGCUCUUCGUGGUGGACAAGGUCAAGCAGCUCCUCGGAUGAGGCGCCGCGUGCGCGGGGUUCCGCUCGAUCCGGAGACCCUCGGGGUGGGAUACUAUUCAUUCAUUGGCGAGAAUGUCGUCGCGUGUUGCUAAACAGGGUUAUUACGUCGCGUGCCGAACGCGGUCAGAGCUCGAACUUUUCGGGUCCCCCCACGAGCAUCCCGUCCAUAUCCGCGUAAAUCCAAUCCCCCGGUCGCACCGUCACGCCCGCGAACGUCACGGGCACCUCGCGCAUGCCCGGGUCGCGCUUGCUGCUCUUCACCGGGUGCGGCGCAAUCGCCUUGACCCCGAGGCGCAUCUUGCCGAUGUCCUCGCUGUCCCGUAGGCACCCGUUGAUGACGAUGCCCGCCCACCCGUUGCUCACGGCCAUGCCCGCGAGGUUAUCGCCCAGCAGAGCGCAUCGCAUGCUGCCUCCCCCGUCCACGACGAGCACCCGCCCGUUCCCCGGCUCGCCCAGAGCCUCGCGGACCAGGGGAUUAUUCUCGUAGCACUUGACGGUGGACGCCGGGCCGGAGAAGCGCGUGACGCCGCCGAAGUCGCGGAAGUACCCGGCGUCCGCGACCUGCAUCUUACGCGGGACAGUGACGUCCAGGGGGUCGGGGUAGUGGACGUCGGUGUACUCGCACGUCCCCGCACGGGAGGCGUCGUAUCCGUGCAUCGGGUCCGCGCACAUGGCGCGCCGGAAGGCGAGGAUGGGACGCGCGGAGAAGGACGCCUCGACGGCGCUCGAGGACGAGGAGGAGGAUGAGGAGGCGAGGACUCGAGAGGAGGAGGCGAACCGCGCGAGC